AUGGGCUGGCUGUGGGGAUCAAGUCCCAAGGAUGUUUCCAACGAUGUUCCCAAGGAUAUCCCAUCCGCAAUUCCUACAGAACCAGCAAAGCAGAAUCCACCAUCGAAGACCCUGACCCCCGACGAACAAGCCGACCUGGAAUUCAACCAAAUCCUGGCCGAUCUCAGAGCCGAGGAUGCGUCGCUCUCACAACGAACAGGCCUGACCCCCGAUGGCAAUCCGUCGCCAGGAUCCCAAUCACCCAUCUCCCCCGAAUCCCUCUACCAAGAUACCAUGUCCUGCCGCAAUGCGUUCGACUACGCCUUCUUCUGUCAGUCUUUCGGGGGUCAAUUUGUGAAUGUUUAUCGAUAUGGAGAACUACGUUCAUGCAGCGAUCACUGGGAUAAUCUAUGGCUGUGCAUGAAGACACGAACUUGGCCGGAGGAUUUGCGCAGGAGAGAGAUCCGAGACCACAACCGGAAGAAGUCGAUUAAGUACAAGACAGGCCCCAGCAGUGAGGAUGUCUGGGAUGUGCGGCUAGACCCAGCCAAAGACUCGUUCAAAGGAGACUUUGCCGCAAUGUGGGAGGAGAUGAAGGCUGAAGAUGAAGCAGCGAAACGACAGGCGGAACGGACCACUUCAUGA